GGCCAUUUUAAAGUUAGUGUGCAGAGGAAAGCCCCUUUUCAGCCGUCCUACCGUUCACCGAAAGGUCACGGGAGCAGCUCAUAUUCAGGAUGGGUGACAUUAAAAAUUUUCUCUACGCCUGGUGUGGGAAAAAGAAACUAACACCGAACUAUGACAUCCGAGCUGCUGGGAACAAGAACAGGCAGAAGUUCAUGUGUGAGGUGCGUGUGGACGGUUUCAACUACACGGGGAUGGGGAACUCAACCAACAAGAAGGACGCCCAGGCGAACGCCGCCCGCGAUUUUGUCAACUACCUCGUCCGUGUUGGCGAAGUGAAUGCAGCCGAUGUACCAGCUCUAGGGGCACAAGUACACCAGUUCAGUGCUACUGAUGGCAAGGAGGGAGGCCCUGGGUUUGGCAGUCUUCCUCCGAACGGACCCAUCCCUCCACACCUGGUUGUCAAAGCCGAAAAAGAGGGAGCAGGUGAAGAAUCAGGUCCUGGCUCUGGGCCAGUACCAGGAGUCACUGGGUUGGGGUACGCUGGCUUCAGUGGUGCCCAGUGGGAUCGAGGUGCCAAUCUUAAGGACUACUAUUCAAAGAGGGAUGAGCAGGAGGCUGAAGCGACUCUGGAGUCUGAAGAGGUUGAUUUAAAUGCUGGCCUCCAUGGGAAUUGGACUUUGGAGAACGCCAAAGCCCGUCUGAACCAGUUCUUCCAGAAGGAGAAGAACCAGACAGAUUACAAAUACAGCCAAGUCGGGCCUGACCACAACAGGAGUUUUAUUGCUGAAAUGACUAUAUUUGUAAGGCAGCUCGGUAGAAAGAUCUUUGCACGUGAGCACGGCUCUAACAAGAAGCUGGCGGCGCAGUCGUGCGCGCUCUCCAUCGUGCGGCAGCUGUACCAUCUCGGGGUGAUCGAGGCCUACACCGGGCAGACCAAGAAGAAAGAGGGGGAGGCGCUGGAGCCUUUUGAAGUGAACAUUGCUGACGAUUUGCGACGGCAACUUCAGAGUGUGGUCCAGGAGCUCGGAAUUCAGAUACCUUCACCUCCCCAGGACCCAAGUGCUCCAGUGUCUUUGGCCCAGGGGAAGAUGGCCCAGUUUGAGCCCUCCCAGAAACAGAGCAUGCCAGGGGUGGUGCCCUGGUCACCCCCGCAGGUCAACUGGAACCCCUGGACCAGCGCCAACAUUGAUGAGGGACCGCUGGCCUUCUGCACUCCAGAGCAGAUCAGCUCCGACCUCCAGCAGGAGCUGAUGUAUCAGUUGGAGCAGGACCAGAACCUUCAGAAGAUCUCAGAGGAUCGCGAGCAGCUGCCGGUGAAGAAAUUCGAAGAGGAGAUCAUGAGCGCCAUCCACAGUAGCUCUGUGGUGAUCAUCCGCGGGGCCACCGGCUGCGGAAAGACCACCCAGGUCCCCCAGUACAUCCUGGACCACUACAUCAAGAGCGGGAGAGCCGCGGACUGCAACAUCGUUGUCACCCAGCCGCGGCGCAUUAGCGCUGUGGCCGUCGCGGAGCGGGUCGCCUUCGAGAGGGGGGAAGAGGUGGGCAAGAGCUGUGGGUACAGCGUGCGCUUCGAGUCCGUCCUCCCCCGACCCCACGCCAGCAUCCUCUUCUGCACCGUAGGAGUCCUCUUGAGGAAGCUGGAGUCCGGCAUCCGAGGGAUCAGUCACGUGAUUGUGGAUGAAAUCCACGAGAGAGACAUCAAUACGGACUUCCUCAUGGUGGUGCUGUGGGACGUCGUCCAGGCUUUCCCCGAUGUCCGUAUCAUCCUCAUGUCGGCCACCAUCGACACCACCAUGUUCCGGGAGUACUUCGGCAACUGCCCCGUCGUCGAGGUGUUCGGCCGCACGUACCCAGUGCAAGAGUACUUCCUGGAGGACUGUAUUCAGAUGACUGAGUUCAUUCCUCCUCCAGCGGAGAAGAAGAAAAAGGAUAAAGACGAAGAAGGUGGAGAGGAGGAGAUGAACUGCAACCUCACAUGCGGGUCAGAAUAUGGCCCCCAGACCAAGAGCUCCAUGGCCCAGAUGAAUGAGAAGGAGACCCCUUUCGAGCUGAUCGAGGCCCUGCUCAAGUACAUCGAGACGCUGAAAGUGGCUGGUGCUGUGCUGGUCUUCCUGCCGGGCUGGAACCUCAUCUACUCCAUGCAGAAGCACCUGGAGAUGAAUCCUCACUUCAGUAGCCAACGCUACAGAAUUCUUCCACUCCACUCCCAGAUUCCCAGGGAGGAGCAGCGAAGGGUGUUUGAAUCCGUCCCUGAAAAUGUGACCAAGGUUAUCUUGUCAACAAAUAUUGCUGAGACCAGUAUUACCAUCAAUGAUGUUGUCUAUGUGAUUGACUCUUGCAAGCAGAAAGUGAAGCUGUUCACAUCUCAUAACAACAUGACGAACUACGCCACGGUGUGGGCCUCCAAGACCAACCUGGAGCAGAGGAAGGGGCGGGCGGGGAGAGUGCGCCCCGGCUUCUGCUUCCACCUGUGCAGCCGCGCUCGCUUCGAGAGACUGGAGACCCAUAUGACCCCAGAGAUCUUCCGCACUCCCCUCCAUGAAAUCGCCCUCAGCAUUAAGCUGCUCCGGCUCGGCAGCAUCGGCCAGUUCCUGUCCAAGGCAAUCGAGCCCCCUCCCCUGGACACCGUCAUCGAGGCCGAGCACACACUGAGAGACCUGGAUGCUCUGGAUGCCAAUGACGAGCUGACCCCUCUCGGCCGCAUCCUGGCAAAGCUGCCCAUCGAGCCUCGGCUGGGAAAGAUGAUGAUCAUGGGCUGCACCUUCAACGUUGGCGAUGCCAUGUGCACCAUCUCGGCCGCCACCUGUUUCCCAGAGCCCUUCAUCAGCGAGGGCAAGCGCCUGGGCUUCGUGCACAGGAACUUCGCCGGCUCGCGCUUCUCCGACCACGUGGCUCUGCUGUCCGUCUUCCAGGCCUGGGAUGACGCCAGAAUGGGCGGGGAAGAUGCAGAGACCCGAUUCUGUGAGCACAAGCGGCUCAACAUGUCCACUCUGAGGAUGACCUGGGAGGCCAAAGUACAGCUCAAGGACAUUCUCAUCAACUCCGGCUUCCCUGAAGAGUGCUUGAUGACGCAAGUGUUCAACAACGUCGGGCCGGACAACAACCUGGACGUGGUGAUCUCCCUGCUGGCCUUCGGCUCGUACCCCAACGUCUGCUACCACAAGGAGAAGAGGAAGAUCCUCACCACCGAGGGCCGCAACGCCCUCAUCCACAAGUCCUCCGUCAACUGCCCCUUCAGCAGCCAGGACAUGAAGUACCCCUCGCCCUUCUUCGUCUUCGGAGAAAAGAUCCGGACUCGAGCAAUCUCAGCGAAAGGGAUGACUUUGGUCAGCCCGCUGCAGCUCAUUUUAUUCGCUUCAAAGAAAAUCACGUCGGACGGAGAGAUCGUAACGCUGGAUGACUGGAUCAAGCUGAAGAUCCCCCACGACGUGGCGGGCGGUAUAGCGGCUCUCAGGGCCGCCAUGGAGGCGCUGGUGGUGGAGGUGACCAAAGACCCGGAGUACAUCCGGCAGAUGGACCCGACGAACGAGCGCAUGCUGAACCUGAUCAGACUCAUCUCCAAGCCCUCCGCUGCAGGGCUCAACCUGAUGGUCAGCAACCAGCGGUUUGGCGAUGGGCCACGGCCUCCCAAGAUGCCCAGGUACGAUGGGGGAGGCAGAGGAUUCCGAGGGCAAGGAGGCUAUCAGGGCGGAUCUGGGUACCAAGGAGGUGGAGGAUACAGAGGUGGUGGCGGAGGAUACAGAGGUGGAGGAGGGGGUUACUAUGGUGGUGGAGGAGGAGGAGGUUACCGUGGCGGCGGAGGGUACCGUGGCGGUGGAGGAUACCAUGGCGGCGGAGGCAGGGGCUACCGUGGUGGUGGUGGAGGCUACAGUGGUAACAGGGGCUAUGGUGGGUACAGAGGAGGUGGAGGGUUUUAAAAAAAAAAAAAAACCUUCCAGAAUUGUGAAAAAGAUGUGGAGUAUGUUUCUGAGUACAGCUGAAAGACAGGCCCUAAAAAGGGGACUGCAGGUUAGUUUUGUUUUUUGGUUGCCACCUACUGGAACC